AUAUUUACUGGAAUAUGUAUUGGUAUAACAAUGAGGCAGGGAUACAAUACUGCAAGUAAAUAUAUGGGAAGCCCAAUGUCAACUCAAGUUCAGGAGAUUGCUUUACAGGAAGCAGUGCCAGAUCUCAUGCUAUCUUUAUGUAAGAGAUUUGAUGUUGAACAAUAUCUAUAUAAUACAACAGGAAUGUACUUUUUCUUAUCUUUCUUAUCUUUUAAUUUUGAAAUAAUAGGUUUUUUUUCAUAGAUAAUCAAACACAUUGUUACACAGCGAAAGAGAAUAACUCUUGUGGACUAGAUGAGAAUUCCAGAUCAGGUUUACUAAAACAGCUUGUAGCUGAGACAGGAAUCAAAUUCAAGAUCUCUGAUAUAUUACUACAGUUUGAUGGAGUAUUGAGCAACAGCACAGAUUGGAGUUCACAGUUGCAGAGGAAAUCUGAUGAAUUAAUGUUCAGACUAAAGAUGUACCCCUAUGUAGAUAAUAAUACAUUGCUUUGUCAUACAUGGAAUGAAAAUAUAUCACAGUUUUCAAAACUACGCAUUAAUCCUUCUAAAAACACAGAAGAAGUUUAUUUAUACAUUCACAAGAGAGGACAACUUCUGCUGACAGAUCUCAGAAAUGAACUGCUAGAAAUUGAAAGUAUUGAUCACAUUGCUGAAAUUGAAUUAGAUGUUAAUGUCAAGAAACUGAUGUCAACACCAAGCACAAAGUGUAAAGAAGGUCUUAAAACCUUUGAUUCUUGUGUUGAAAAUGCAGUACUUCAUCAUCUUCAGGAUCAAUGUCAACUUUCUUCAACAGAUAGCCCAUUCUGCUUUAACUCUUCAGGGGUUUUAAAAGCAAUAAAUGUAAUCCAAUCAAGUUUAAACAAAUGUAUUCACCCUUGUACUCAAGUAAAAGUAAACAUGGUACUGAACCCUGUAAACUGGCUAAAUGUAUUCAUAAAUCCAAUAAAAUCCAAAAAGCAAUUUAUCCCAGGGUAUUGGAUCAAUAUUCCAUCAUCUGUUCUUUAUUCGGAAAUGAAUGAAAGUUAUGCUUUAAUUUCCUUUAUCGCUGAAUUUGGAGGAUGGGUUGGACUUCUUCUUGGUGUCUCAAUACUUGGAGGCUUUGAAUUUGUAGAAAACCAGAUCUGUUCCAUGACUUGUGGUUUUAGAAAAGUAAUCUUAUCUAAGAGCGGAUUAAUCUUAAGAAUGGCAUGUUCACUUGGAGUUCUUAUCAUAGUGGUACAAUGUGGAAUCAAACUCUUAAGAGCUGAAAAAUCAAUGGAUGUACAUAUAGUUGAAAAUCUCAGUAAUUUAAGCAUAUCACUUUGUUCUGUUGAGAAUAUUUAUAAAAUACGUCCAAAUGAUUCUAUUUAUUAUUAUAUGGGUAAUACCACAUCAUUUUGGAAUAAUAUAACAAAGCUAAGUGACAAGUUAGAAAGGAUGGAAAUAGUAUUAGCAGAAGGGAAUUCUGUCACUAUCUUUAAUUCAUCAUGGGAUCAUGGUUCUGAGUAUAUUUUAUAUUCCAUCAACACACCACAGUUUGAUACCUUUAUUGAGACUUGUCAUACACUGGAUCUGAAACACUGGAAUAGAAUCAAGAGAAUGGGAAUUAUAGCAAAGAAAGAAUUAACAACAUAUAUUCAUAUCACAGGCCAGCUUCUUAGAUCAGGAAGACAGGGAUUCAGUUUCAUAAACAAAGAUACAACCUUUGUAUAUUGGAAUGGUGUUGGAGUAGUUAAAUAUUCAUCACAUGUCUUUCAUCUUGACAUUUUGAACCAAAAAAGGAUCUUUGAGGAUGGAUAUGAUGAAUACUACUCCUAUGAUGACUGUAUUCUGGAUAAAGUAGCAAUGAACCUUCCUCUAAAGGACAUCUUAAAAUCUGAGGAAAAUAAGACAAUCUUUAAAGGCAUUGAUGAAUCAAUUUUUAAAAAUGUUUCAAAGCAGUUGGAAAAUAUAAAAAAACUUGGAGAUUGUAAUGCCCCAAAUUUAAAGCUCAAGACAAACUUUAUUCUCACAGUCCAAAAUCAUUUAAAUUUAGCUUGGAUAGGUAGUACUCCUACUUUUAAGUUUGAUCUGGAAUUUCCCCAAUCAGCAAUCGUAAAAGAGGUUUUUAUAUCAUAUGGGAUGAUUUCACUAAUUGGAGAAGUAGGAGGAUGGACAGGGAUACUACUAGGAUACAGUCUUUUAGGUUUUGCAUAUUCAAUCAGGGGAAAAAUUGGCCAAAGGUUUGGACUUAGGAUAUUUAUUUGUAUUGUUAUUGGAAUAUCUUCUGCUAUGAUCUACCAGCUUACACUCUCAACACAGAAGCUACAGAGUAACCUGACAGGAACUAAAGUAGAAUACAUGGAAACAGAUCCUAAUCUUAACAUUUCAAUAACAAUCUGUAAUAACUUUUUUUACUGGCCUCAGAAGAAUAUUACAGAACUUGAUGAAUUUGACUCCAUAUCUCAUAGAGGCAAGGCAGAUUCUGAUUGGAUUGAAUGUAAAGAUACUAUUUCAGAGAUGUUUAGAUGGAAGGAAGAACAACGAACUGUUUAUCUGUGUAAAACAAAGAAUUUUACUGGAGAAGAGGUUAAAAUAGUUCAUAGUCUUUUACCCGAGGAUGCUAUAUUUCUUCAUGAUCCCAGCUUUAUCACUGGUGGAACUUCUUUAAAGAUUGCAGGAGAAAAGCUGGAUGAGAACAAAAUUCUUCUUUUAAACGCUAAAAAGAUUCAAAAUAUUGAAGAAGAACAUGUUUGUUCAAAUUUAAUUGAAUAUGAUUCCUGCAGAGAUGAUUAUUUAGCACAAGAGUUUAACAAAACAUUUGGAUGCAUCGACUUUCAUAUGAAGAAUCCAGGAAAUAAAUAUAAGAAACCUUUGUACUCAGAGUACAAUUAUUCUACUGUGGCAGCAUAUGAACUUGAAUUGACGAGGAUAUCAAAGGACUUUAAGCUUGGUUUAAGUAAAUGUCUGCACCCCUGUAGGAAAAGCAUCUUGAAUGUGGAACUGCUCUACAGUGAAAAAUCGAAAUCUUCAAAGAGGUAUCUGAUAAUCAGGAAACCCAGAAAUAUUCAGGUUCUGAAGAAUGAGUACAUCUACAAAAUCUGGGAGUUUACUGCGGAGUUUGGAGGCUGGGUUGGAGUACUUUUUGGAUUCUGCCUGCUGGAUAUUUUCAAUUUCGUCACAAAAAGUAUUAUCCUUUUUGUGGGAAAAUAUUAUGCAUAACUACCAUGCUUGGCAUUCUACAUUUAGCUUCUUACAUAUAGCGUCUUACAUUUUACCUUUUACUGUGAUUUGGCAAACAAUGCUUUAAAUUUCUUGAUGUAUGUUUUUAUUUAAUAAAAAAUAAUAAAAUAAUUUCUGACUCAAUA